AUGAGUGGAUUGGAGGGUGGGGGUGUGUGGGGGGAGAGGGGGGGGGGGGGGGGGGGGGGGGGGGGUGUUGAGUUGGGGAGGUGUUUGGGUCAGGAGUGGUGUGGGGUGAUGGUUGGGUGGGGGUUUGGAGGAUUUGUGGUUUUUGUGAAGAUGGUGUGCGGUGGAUGUGAUGUGGUAUGGGGGGGGGUGGGGGGGGGGUUGUGUUGGGGGGUUUUUGGGAUAUUGUUUAGGGGGGUGGGGGUUGAGUGGGUAGACGUGUUGUUGGGGGGGGUUGUGGGUGGGGUGAGUGUUGGUGGGGGGGGGGGGGGGUCGUGGGGGAAGGGGGGGUGGUGUGGGGGGUGGGGGUUAGUAUGGGGGAAAUAUGAGGGUUGGGUUUGUAUUAUAGGGGGGUAG